AUGCCAACCGAUUUUGCAAAAAAGUUUCCCAAUACGCGCAUCAUCUUGGAUGCAACAGAACAACCGAUCCACAAACCCUCAAAUCUUGAAGCUCAUUCCAAAACAUGGUCUUCCUAUAAGCACAAAAACACCCUUAAAACCAUGGUUGGUAUAACUCCUAAUGGAGCAGUAUCUUACAUAUCUCCUGCUUAUGGGGGAUCUGCAUCAGACCGACAAAUUAUUGAAAGGUCUACCUUAUUAAAUCAAGAUAAAUUUGAUUCUCGUGACAGCAUAAUGGCAGACCGUGGAAUAUUAGUUCAAGAUUUAUUUGCAAAUCAAAAUAUUUCUGUUAACACCCCUACUCUUCUCAAAGGUAAAAGUCAGCUUAGCCCGGAAGACAUAGUAAGAGACAGAAGAGUUGCUUCUAAACGCAUCCAUGUUGAGAGGGUCAUUGGUCUUGCCAAGAGGUUUAAAAUUUUGAAACAUGAGCUACCAAUGUCUAAAGUUCCCUUAGCUUCCAGAAUUGUGUACAUCUGUUUUAUUUUGUCCAAUUUCAGAAAUUGUAUUGUUGAUAAAAGUGCCUGA